AGAGGAGGAGGAGGAGGAGGAGGAAGAAGAAGAGGAGGAGGAAGAAGAAGAGCAGCAGCCGCCUCCUCCGGAGCUCCGUUGCUGUCCACCCGUCCCCCCCGCAGCCAUUCAUUCAUUCCUAUUUAUUGCGCGCCUACUCUGUGCGGAGCGCUGGGCGGAGCGUUCAGCACAGCCCCUCCGUCCAUCCCACCGCCCACUCCCCCGGGCCAGGAUGAACCGGGGCGGCGGCAGCACCUCCACCUCCACCUCCACCACCCCCACCACCCCCACCGACUACCUGCUCUGCACCAACUGCCGGAAAGUGCUGCGCAAGGAAAAAAGAAUCAGAGUGUCUCCGCCUUUGACAAGAGGACCAAGUGCCUUUAUUCCAGAAAAAGAGGUUGUCCAAGCAAACACGGCAGAUGAACGUACCAACUUUCUUGUAGAAGAAUACUCGACGACUGGUCGCCUGGACAACAUCACUCAGGUUAUGAGUUUACACACUCAGUACCUGGAGUCUUUCUUGCGCAGUCAAUUUUACAUGCUGCGCAUGGAUGGUCCCCUUCCUUUGCCCUACAGACACUACAUUGCUAUCAUGGCUGCAGCCAGACAUCAGUGUUCUUACUUAAUAAACAUGCAUGUUGAUGAGUUUCUGAAGACUGGAGGGAUUGCUGAGUGGUUGAAUGGCUUGGAAUAUGUCCCACAGAGACUGAAGAAUCUCAAUGAAAUAAAUAAGCUGCUUGCUCACCGACCCUGGCUAAUCACAAAAGAGCAUAUUCAGAAACUUGUCAAAACUGGAGAGAAUAAUUGGUCUCUGCCUGAACUAGUGCAUGCUGUUGUCCUUUUGGCACAUUAUCAUGCCUUGGCAAGCUUUGUUUUUGGUAGCGGUAUUAAUCCAGAGAGAGAUCCAGAUACGUCUAAUGGAUUCAGGCUAAUAUCAGUCAACAACUUCUGUGUCUGCGAUCUUGCCAAUGACAACAACAUUGAAAAUGCAUCCCUGACAAGCAGCAACUUUGGGUUUGUGGAUUCGUUGAGCGAGCUCGAGGCUUUAAUGGAAAGGAUGAAGCGGCUUCAAGAAGAGAGGGAGGACGAAGAGGCCUCACAGGAAGAGAUGGCCACUCGUUUUGAGAAGGAGAAGAAAGAAAGUCUUUUUGUGGUGUCUGGAAGUACCUUCCACUCAUUUUCUCCAACAGUUUUUGAUGAUGACAUAGUCUCAACAUCUGAUGUCUCCCGAUACAUUGAAGACCCCGAUUUUGGAUACAAAGACUUUGCCAGGCGAGGAGAAGAGCAUUUGCCAACGUUCCGAGCUCAGGAUUACACUUGGGAAAAUCACGGAUUCUCCCUGGUGAACAGACUAUACUCUGACAUUGGCCAUCUCCUUGAUGAAAAGUUCAGGAUGGUCUACAAUCUCACUUACAACACUAUGGCCACACAUGAAGAUGUGGAUACCACAACGUUGAGAAGAGCUUUAUUUAAUUAUGUUCACUGUAUGUUUGGAAUCAGGUAUGAUGACUAUGAUUAUGGAGAAGUUAAUCAGUUACUUGAACGAAGCUUGAAGGUUUACAUUAAAACAGUGACCUGCUACCCUGAGAGAACUACCAAGCGCAUGUAUGAUAGUUACUGGCGACAGUUCAAACACUCAGAAAAGGUUCAUGUAAAUUUGCUUUUAAUGGAAGCACGAAUGCAAGCGGAACUUCUGUACGCACUUCGGGCUAUAACUCGUCACUUGACCUGAAGCAGCGUCUUUCAGAGGGGGAAAACGCGUCGUUCAUAUGUAAAAGACCUUUUCACAUAAGAUACUCGCCAGAAGCCGUUUGUGAUGUAGCAUCAAAAAAUUAUUCAAUUCUCUAGUGUCAAAGUUUAGCCGUGUUUUGGGCGGCGGUAACGUGCAAUGAUGUGUUUUUCUUUUUCUUGAUGCUUAACAUUACUAACGAGAGCAGAAAUAACCGAGGAGCACUACUUUUACAUUGUUUCUAGUUGGAAUCUUGGGAUACCGAUCCCAAAUCACAAUCCUGGUUAAUGCUUCACUUCAGCGCUUUGGGGGUGGGGCGGGGUGUGCGUGUGUGUGCGUGUGUGCGUGUAUGGGUGUGCGCACGUGUGCACGAAUCUGUGUUCUUUGGUUUUUUUGUUUGGUUGGUUUUUGGGGUUUGUUUUUGGUUUUUUUGGCAAUGUACUGGAGGAGAAGCGCUUACAAUCCAUUCAAGCAAUCAUUUUCAGAUUAUUGGAAUCCAGCAAAGAGUGACCUCUCUGGCCAUUGUGAUAUCUUAAUGCUGUGUCCUAAAUCUUGUAAAGGAAAAAGCAUGCACUGUAAAAGCAGUCUGUUUCCUGGGUGCUUCUUUGCCCCCAUCCCCCCGCCCCCCCCCCGGGUGGCUGUUUUUCUGGCACUCCAGCUAGUGACAAUGACUGGAAUGUGACACAAACACGGCCCACGGUUUAAUGUGAAACGAAUCGAGAAACUCUCUAGCAUGCUACUGAGAUGCCACAAUUCAACUAUUAGAUUUCCUUUGUGAAACAGAAGAGGUUUGUUUUCCAUUUCAGAUGUGUAUCUUAAGGUGAAGUUAUGCACAACCCUUCCUGUUACUGACAAGUAACCCUCAAUCUUUUUAAAGUAUCAACAUUCAUUAUAGUGCUGCUUACAGUUCAUUUUGUUGGCCCCUGUAAAGUUUCACCUACACAAGACUGACCAAAAAUGUUUUUCUUUGCACAUUUUUCCUUUCUCAUAGUGCUUUUCUCUCUUGUGGAAAGCGAAGGAAGGCUAAUAUAUCUGUAUUUUUCCUGGUAGGUUUUAGAAAUGAUUUCCUGUCAUUUCCCUUCAUGUAAUAGGUUGAGCAGUAAUAUUAAAAGGUAAAAAUUAUGUUUCUAUGCAUUAAUGUGAGUGAACAAAAAGAAAGUGCAAUAUAUUCUAGAAAACAAAAUAAGCUUUCCCCUAUGAUGUCACUGCAAAAGUGUCCUUCUAAAAAUACAGCCAUGAAGAAAUUUUUUGUUGAAUUUCUUUAUUGCACAUGGCUUAAUGUUUUUGUUUAACUGGUUGGGGUUGACUCAUCUUCUCUUAAGAUGCCAAAGUGCUCCCCCCCCCAAAAAAAAUUAUAUUUGGACCACUGUUAGUACAAAAAGACUCAUUUUUUCAUUGGUUUGUGUUGCUUGACUAGCUAACUUCCAAGAGCACAAAAUAUCUGUGUUUAUAGCUUUACUUUGUAUUUUGUUACUGAACCAGUGAAGUGCCUAAAGAAAUGCUUGCGCCAAUCCAAGUAGGACACAACUGCACUGCUAAAACACUUUUUUUUGUUAAAUAAGGGUGACUUUAUUUUUUUUUAAAACAGUUCCAUUUUUUUUUUCAGUGCGAAUAAGGUUAAAGUUUUCCGUUCAAUUUCCAGCAGAGAUUCCAGACUAGUUUGUUUUUGCCAUCUCGGUCUGAUUUUACUCUCCAUGAAAAACAUCAUGGACCAGUUUUGUUACAAAAUCUGAACUUUGUCCCUCUCCCAGUUGAUGAGCCCUUGCUCUGACAAUACCUAGACAAUUUCCCUUUGAUCAUCCAUUCCAUAUGAGAAUGAUGAAAAUUGUAAACUUAAUUUAAGGUAGUUCUGCAAUUUGGGAUGCAGGCAUUCUUGCUUGAAGUCCUCCAGUCGAGGAAAAAUAUAGCUAAUGAAGACAGGGUGGUUUAUUUAAAGAAAUUUUUCAAAGAACUGUGUGGCAGAAUCUCUUCUUUUUUUUUCAUUGCAUAUACCUUAAGUUGAAUUUUUUCAAUAUAGUGGUUUAGAUAAACUUCAGGACGAUUCAAGAGUAUUUCAAGAGGCAGAUAAUGAGCAUACACCUAUAUAUGUGUAUAUCUGUAUGUGUGCAUGUAUAUUUACACAUACAUCUAUAUACAGAUAUUUAGGCUACACAUCUCUAUAUAUGUAUAUCUACAGAUACACAUAUAUAUAUACAUAUAUAGGUUUGACAUCUCCUAGUGGCUUCAAGCUAAGGAUGCUGUUAACAUCUGUUAUCUGCCUGGGCUCUUUUGGUGAGUAGCCCAGAUUUUGAAGCAGGUGAUCUCCAAGGGAACAAGGAGAGAAAUGUUUUUCUGAGAUGCAAAUGGAGGAGUCAGAACAGAACAGCAGAUGAGCUUUACAAAGAAGUUGAAAUGAGACUUAGGUAACAUUAUAAUUGAGCCACUUAACUGUAAUUUUCUUUCCGGAAAUGUAAGUAGCUUGAGUUUGGGGUAUGGAAAUAACAGUGCCUUUACUGGAUCUCUUUCCUGGCAGAAUUUCCUUUCAGCUCAGCAUCCAUCUUGCCAACGAUGGGAGAAGUAAUUAGACUUUGAACUAUAAGCAGAAAAUGAAACUAUUUCUAUGUAAACCUCCAAGUGAAUCAACCUAGAAAAUUGAUUUUGGAAGGUGCCAGCGCGCCUUUUAAAACACAGCAACACAUAGGAUUCCUGGUUGUGAAAUGCCGUUUUACAACGAGUUUGCUGUUUCCUUUCUAUAUGUGAUGCAAACUUGUGAUUCUGAUGCGGUUUUCCAGGGUGGUAUUUUUUCAGAGUAUUGAAUUUACUAUGUAAUAAUUUCUAGUAUAGCUUUUAUACUCAAAUGUGAUAUUUUUAAAAUAGACGUUUGUUCAGAAUAGGUGUAAAGUUAUGAUUCUACCAUAUGCUUCUCUACACCUUGGGCUCACAUUGUGCCAAACUUAAUGUGCAAAUGUCGUUUAAAAAAAAAUGCACGAAUGAAUGUGAAUUCUUCAACUUUGUUGCUUAUAUUGUUAAAACAAAUUUUAAUAAUAAAUCCCAUGGAGUUCUCUGCUAAAGUAACCUGUAUUUACCUUCUCUUGCUGGAGUCUUUCUGUCUCACCAGCUGGAUUAGGGAUGUGUGUCAAUUUUCUCGGGCUGACCUGCCUUGUGGGUAAUAGGGAAGGCAGAUGGUCUGCCCCUUAGCCCCAGGCCUUAUGGCUUGGCUUCAGUAGUAAGUAGUCAGAUGCAGUGGGAACUCAUUGGAUUAGACUUGCCAGUCAUGGAUUUAUAAAGAAUUGGGAGGGAGGAACUUUGCAUUUGGAGAAGGACUACUGAUUAACCUUUGACCGACACAGCUAGCUGCAGGAUGUCUGCCUCUGGAGAGACGGCCUCGGGUGCCAGUGGAAAUAACGUCUCAAGGCUUAAGACCAAAUGCGUCAGGAAAGCCGGUGACCUCUGAUGGUGUCUUGAAAAUCUCAAUAGAAGGGAAGCACGGGGCAGGAAAUAGCAGAGCUGCCUUGCUUAAGCAAAAUGACUCACCUCAGUCUGGCCCCAUAUUACAACUUUCCCAGUCUCGUUCGUAUGUUAGCCGAGCUUCGAAAGUUAACUGAAAUCCUCCUGUGACAGUUUCUCCUCUGACUGCUCUAUCCUCCGAUAAAUUCUUCACUUCCCAGGCCACAGAGAAAUCAAACGAUCUCCAGACAUAAUUUACAGAACGUAGUCCCGUGACUGCCUCCGAUUUUUGAUUCAGAUUAGAGUGUCUGAAGUGGUAAAGCUCUAAGAAGAAGAUAAAAGGAAAAACGACUAUUGUGAAUAUUUUAGUAACAAUUUCUACUACGGAAGUACAGUGUCUGGCAAAAGGAAGCUUAAACUUCUAAAUGACUACUUCCCUGGAAGACCAAGACUUUAAGCUUCUCUCUCAAAUAGGACUUGGGUUAUUUGGGGCAAAUAAGCUUGGGAAGAAGGCAUCAGAUAAGAAAUCAUCAGUGCCAAGCAGAAUAAAACCAAAGUACUGGGCACAGACCUCCCAUCGAUGACUUUCUCCCCUUAGCCCAAACCUCAGCUAGUAAUCAAGCACAUGAUUCCUGAUACCGUUUUGGAGUUUGAAGUGCAUUUAUAAAAUCGGAAUCCACUCUGCAGUCCCUGGUGCUUUCCCUUCAGGUGACUUGAAGCCAAAUUGAGUAGUUUUCCCGGAUGCCCCACUGCUAAAUGAGUCCAGCCAUGUUGGGUACCCACAAAACACUUUGAGAGCACUCGUGGUGUUGAAAUCUAGAAUUCUGGCUCUCGACUAUUGAUUUGUCUACAUUACAAACCAACAAUUGAUUUGUGAUGGGAAUGGGGCACUGAGGGAAGGGCAGAGACCGAGUUAUGUGGGGAAGUUUGCCCUUAUCUGCCUGUGAGUCGAGGACAUGGUCAACUGUAAAGUUUAGUAUAUAUUUGCCCGAGAGAGCGGGAUAAGCGAACCCUUCCACCCAAACCACUCUUUGUCGCCCCUCCAAGCUUUCUCCUGUAUAUCCCGCCUCCCCCUGAGGCCAAAGAAGUAAGUCACUUGAUUCUUGUUCAAAGUCACCCUAGCUUUAAAACUCCCAUAAAUCCACUUAGUCUGGAUGGAAGCAACUUGCUGUUGCAGCUUCCUAAACGGUGUCCUCUCUGGGACCCUGUCUCUUUGAUCUUGAGCCCCAUAUGGGACAUGGACAAGUUUCAUCUUGUAUCACUCCCUCCCGACACUUAGCACAGUGCUUGUCACAUAGCGCUUGAAGAGUACCAUAACUAACUCCAAAUUUAAUUUUCCAUCCACACGGAUGAAACUGUUUUCUUCCCUCCAAUGCCUUUCACCUUUUCCAAGUCAAGCAACUUUGUACUCCCCUCUCCCUCACCCCUGAAUGGCCGCCUCCUGAGUGGAACCGGUUGAUUUUGAAAAAGGACUUUAUCACCUGAUCCACUUGGUAUCGUAUCCAAGCCUGGUCCAGAAAGCCAAAAGACUUGAAAGGGGAGAAUUUAGCAGGUACUGAAAACACUCCUGGUGUGUUAGCCAAGCCAUCUGGAGAUGAGUUAAAUUCUUGCCCAGAAUUUUGGAUUGGUUCAAUGACCGGUGGCAGUAAUAUUAUUUAUUAAACCCUACUGUGUGAAAAUACCAUACUAAGCACGGGGAACAAAACAUGGUUGAGAAUUAGACACAGACCCUGGAUCUCAACGGACUGAGAAUCUGAGAAUAAGGGGGUGCAUGGGGAGGAACUCAUAGGAACAGCUCGCUCCCGUGGUACAGACACAUAAAGUUCUGUGGGUGGGAUUAUUUGGAUGAUUAUCAAUCUUUUUGAGAAGUAAUUCUCUAGGACUAUAGUAGACAGCCCAGCUGAGUAAAUGACCUACCAUCCCUGGGGAAUAUGUUUGGGCCUUGUGAAGCCUUGACCUUCAGUAGGAUUUAGAGGUGGGAGAAGGGGUUCAUAUGAAAGACAGUGGCAUUAUUCUCAUUGUAAAUGCCUGAAUCAAUGUUUCCCCCAGAGUACGAAAAUGAAAUCGAUAUCAACGGAGAUUCCCUUGAGUGUUUGUGGAAACCCUUCAGAUAGGGAAGAUUGGAAAAUGGCCAUUGGAACAAAUAUCUAUUUUACAACCCCAACGACAAUUUGAAGCGUUAGUAAAUCUGAGGACGAUUGCUUAGUACUUGUUUGGCUCCAAUAUUUGGGGGGAAGGAGGACCUUGGUGCACUUAGGCUUCUCCCAUAAAGUCAAAUGUACGGUCAAAACCAUAAAUAGGGCAUCUUUACAUAAGGGACCAGCAAGGCCUCUCCGAUUGAAUGUUGAAUGAUCAUUUAUCUAAUCUUUUCACCUCAGAAAGGAGGACUGGGGUCGAAAAAGUACCCAUCCUGUCUGUGGAUGGCAAAUGGAUUGAUUUUCCUUUCUAACAGUGAGUGGCCAUUUGCUUUCUUACCUGAAUGUGUCAGAUACAGUGAGAAAGAAGCUCAGUCAUCCUGAAAGGAAAUUCGCCCAAGGUGUCCGUGGCCAAGAGUGGUCAUCUAAUGGUUCCCGGGGAGACUUGUCAAUCUUCCUGUGCUUAUCCCUCCUUUCACCUUGACUCUCCCCUCCUGCCUAAGAUGAGAUGCGCAAAGAAAAUAAACCGCAUGCUAGAUGGUGAGGUAUUUCACUGAUAGGUUUAAAUUUAAAGCACAUCCGUUCACACAAUCUACAUUCGGCGAAGAAACACAUCUUGAAACCUUGGACUCUUGCCUCAAUCCUUUUCUUUAACCCCACAAAACCUGAAAAUACUUUUCCUGGUCAUGGUAGAACUGGAUAUAUCCUGUAGCUUAUAAAUAGGAUUUGAACUUGAAAUUUCUUUUGUAGCCUGAUUUUGCUGGGCAGCUGCAUAAUGAAUGUAUAUAUUAUGUCUUUGUAGCUGAAGUGCAAAUCAAAAUCAGAAUGCCAAUUUCUUGACUUUCAGUUGGACAUUGUUUUCUCUUUUUAAGUUGUGAGCAAUAUAUGUAGCAUGCUGUGAACGUCUAUUAUCUUCUAGUUAUUCUUUAAUUCAUCAGUAUUAAUACAAAUUAUCUUUCGUGUUCCUUGGUACUUUUUAGCCAAUGUAAUCAGAAGCUGUGAUGUUUUGCCUUUGCAGUCCUGUGCUUUGUUACUGUAAUGUUUGAUUUUUUUUUUUUAUGAAGCACGUGACUUUGGGCUAAUGUGAGGCAGAUGGUGUGAUCUCUAAGACUGCCAUAUAUCAGUCUCGUAGUAUGUAAGAUUUUUUUCAUUAGAAUAAGCUUUUAACAAACAAAUUAUUGAUGCAAUUUAGGAUUCACAAAAGUUACAGUGUCGAUGUCAGUCGUAUGUUUAUAGUUUUAAUUCCUAAAGUAGCAGACUUGAUAAACAUAGCCACUUUAAAAUUGCUCUUGCUGAAACAGACCCUGCUCUAGGUAAAAGUCUUAUGCCGUGAAUGAUCCUAAACUUUGGCAGGUCACGUGGUCAUUCACCCCAUGAGUCAGCAGUUACGGAGUUUCUUAUGGAUUCCUGAGAGCUUUUGGCCUAACUAGUUUUUUGUGUUUUUGUUUUUUGUUUUUCUUCUGUUGCUGAUUUGUAGCUCAGAAUGACUAUCAACUGACCAAGAUGGAUCAGUUUGUGUGGAACAUUUUAGUGCUUUCGGUCCUGAUUUGAAGAAACAAGGUAAUAUUAUUUGAACAGAUGCAGAAGGAACUGUUAGUGAGUGUUGACAAACACCUUAUAAGCAAAGGAAUUGUGUAUUAACAUGUUAACAACAAUUCAUAAAUCUGCACUUUUUAUGACAUUUUGAAAUUCUAUUUAUAGGUACGGAACAAUGGGGUUUGUUAAACUGUAUCGCAUUUAUACUUGCUGAAAUUUCUUUCAUUGUUAUUAGUAGGAAUUUUAUUGGUUCAAUAAAAUUGGGAAAACCAAA